AUGGCCAGCAAAUCAACAAAGAAAGCAGCCGUUCGACCACCGAAAGAGAAAGCGCCCGUGAUUAAGAAAACGUUCUUGCAUAAUCGAAAGACAGACAAACGAUACCGCCUCAAUGGCGAUAAAGAUAUGAGCCGAAAACCAGCAAAAGCCUGUCUAAAUCGAGAUUUUUCACAAUAUGUUGCCUACACAGCUCCACAAUUGCCGAGCAAAGUCGAUCUUCGACCUUGGAUGACAUCAAUUGAAGAUCAAUCUGAUACGAACAGUUGUACGGCAAAUGCCAUGGCUGGAAUCUACGAAUACUUGAAUUAUCGAACUACUGGUCGCCUUGAAGACGUCAGUCGUCUUUUCAUCUAUUAUAAUAGUCGCAUUAAGGAUAAUGAAGGAGAUCCCGAUAUCACUGAUGAAGGUACAAGUAUUGCUACGACAAUUGAAGUUGUUGAAGAGCAAGGUGUCUGUCUUGAAUCACUGUGGCCAUACAAUAUCAAGAAAGUUAAUACUAAACCGCAUAGUCAAUGUUAUGCUGCUGCUGCACCUUAUGGCAUUUCUGAAGCACUUGAACUGGAUAUUAAUGUUGAUGAAAUGAGAUCUUGUCUUGCCCAGGGAUUCCCUUUUCUAGUUAGUCUCAACUUGUACAAUUCAUUUGACAAGGCAGGUACAAAUGGAGUAGUGACUUUGCCAAAAAGCAGCGAAGUAGCUCGAUCAUCACAUGGAAGACACGCGCUUGUAGUAGCUGGUUACAGUGAUCAUUCGAGAGCAUUUAUCGUACGAAAUUCAUGGGGAGCUACCUGGGGAGACAGAGGUUACUGCUAUAUACCAUACGAUUAUGUAGGAAGUAAUGAUUUGUGUAAUGCUGCUUGGACAGUUAAAAGGCUACCCACGGAAAAAUUUUUGAAUAAAAACCGCGGGAAUCAACGGUUUAAUAUAUGCGGUUUUGGCCGGUAUACUAUGUUCUCAAUCUAUCUACCAUCUUCAUACGGUCAUCUAGCACCUCGGUUAACUCANACCGCGACUAAUUCACAUCUUAUCGCAAUUUCUGAAAUCGCAGUUUUGAACGGUGUGGCAACAAUGGGCAACGAGGGUUGGGAUGAUGAAGAUGAUGUUGAUUAUCUGGAAGAUGACGAUGACGAUGACGAUGACGAUGAAGAAGAUGAUGAUGACGAAGAUGGGGAUGACGAAGAUGCUGAUAUUGAAGAAGUUGAAGAAGAAGACGAAGAAGCUGAUGAUGACGACGAAGAGGAUGGCGAUGAGGAGGAAGAUGGUGAAGAUGAGGAUGAUGAGGAGGAGGAAGAUGGUGAGGAUGACGACGAAGAGGAAGACGGUGAAGAUGGAGAUGAUGAUGAAGAGGAAUAG